CCGAAAAUAAAACAGCCACCUUUCACUAUCAUUAUCGAUCGAAUGCAUCAACGAGUUCAGACCAAGAUUUGACGAGAUAUGCUUUUGUCUCGCACACAAAAAGGUGAAGGGAUUUACCUGAUGCCUCGAUCUGCUCGAAGAAAAUACAAAGUGAUAUCAAAGGCCAAGGUUCCAGGUGCAAAGAAUAACAAACAACAAAGGAUGGCAGGGCUUUUCAUCCUCGGUGGCAUUAUCGUUCACAGUUUCAGAUACCCGGAACACAAUAUAAGAAAGACCGACCCAAUUCAAGGGAAAUUCGAUUUCUCGUUUGGCAUUAAUACAUACCGACUCUUUGAAUCAGACUUCCGAGUCCCCUUCUCGUCACUAGCCCGAGGCUCGAAAUCCAAAAAACCCUUGCCACAAAACACAGCUGUCGUUAUGUUUUAUACGGAAGAUUGGCCUACGAUGGUUGGUAGGAAUUUCACUCCACUAGGAAUUCCCAGAGGGCUCACUGCCUGGCGCCCUUACUUGCAUCAGAUCUUUCCUGCAGAUGAAGGCUUCGAGACUGACCUCGUCAUGACCAGCGGCGACAAUCAAGCGGCCUAUUACACGCUCAGUGUCCACAAGCGCGAGGGGCGAAACACCAACCACAAAUUCAUGGCCGUGCUCGACGCCGAGCCUGGUUGGGACAUGGACUACCAGUACCAGGACCACGAUAUUAUCAUUAGCCGUAUAAACAGAGAGAUGCAGCACAUGAAAGUUACCCUCCCGCAUGGCAGUUCGUACGGCGUUGGGGUGAUAUCGGGUGAUAGUAUCUGGCUCUGUCGGUACGAUCCGAAACGAGAAAGGGCCCGUAGGUGCAAUGUGCCCGGCCGCGAGACGUAUCAUUUGCAUAUCAUAAUUCACAAGGACAUCAUUCAGAGCUGGUUCCGGAAGGUAAAGUUUUACUGGGACCAAUAG